AUGUCAGGCCUGGAUCAAUCAGAUUCACCCUCUCGGCUCUUCCUUCCCGACGACGACAACGAUGAUGCUGACUUCGUCCCUGACCGCUUUAGCAGCGCCAGCGCCAGUAGCAGUAGUAGCGCCACCAGCAUCGGCGGCGAGAGCGACGUGGAUUCCAGUCUCCUCUGGACUCAUAAGUCCCGUGGCCUCCUCCGCCCUCUGUCUUCUGAUUUUUGGAUAUCCAUUCUAAUGCGUGGUCUGGGCUUGAAGAGACUGCGGCUUCCUCUUCGUCCAAGCAUCACAUUGGAGCUGAAGCAUCUGCAGAAAGUUUGGAUCAGAUGUUUGCCUUGUCCAAAGCAGUGGAUGCCAUGGUGAUGAGCUUGGAAACUUCCUCUUUUAAACAUGAGGUGGCAGAGCAGUGACAAUAUGGACACAAACAGGAACAACAUCAGAGCACUUCUACAACAACAGAUUGAAUGUCUGAUGUGACUACUAAGCCUUCAGAAAACUUUGAACUCAUAAAGUCUCAGGCAUUAAUCAGAAGAGUGGAAAAAAUAUGAUGAUUCAAUUAAUAAAUAUUGAUAACAUAUCCAUGUUAGGAGACAAUUCGGUCAAUCAUUAGAGGAAACUGGUAAUUCUUUUUGCACUUCUCCCUGCCUAUGUGGCUGAUAUGCCAGAAGAUGAGAAGAAGAAACAUUGUUAUCUGAAGGGCUAUGACAGUCAGCACCAUGUUGCUUUGAGACUCUUAGCAACAUGGCUUGAUAUCCAAUGGAUAAAAGCGGAAGCUAUGGAGAUAAUGGUUGCUUGCUUUACAAUGGCUGCAGCUAUAAAGGAAGAAAUACAAUCUCAAGAAAAUGAAUCAGAGAAAAGCAAAUGGGCCAAAUGGAAGCGUGGUAGAAUCAUUGGUGCAGCUGCAUUGACUGGAGGGGCUUUGUUGGCUCUUACUGGAGUUGAAACUUAAAUGAGAGAAGAAAUGUGAAUUGUUUCUUGUUUUCUACUUAUAAAAGUUUAAACUAACAGAAACCAGCAUUUCCAACUCUUCUUAACAGGUCUUGCUGGCCUGGCAAUUACUGCCGGUUUUGGUGCUUUGUCUCCUACAUGCAUUAGGAACUCUAGUCCCAAUUGUUGGGGCUGGUGGUUUUGCUGCUAUGGCAAUUGCUGCAGGAUCAGUUGCUCGUUUAGUUGUUGUUGCCUCCUCAUUUGGUGGAAGUUUUUAAGUGGGUGGCACAGUAAACAACAAACUUAACCAUGUCUUGUCCAACUGAUUUUCUUCUCUUUUAUCUCAAGUUCUAUCUUUCUUUUUUA